CUAACCCUAACCCUAACCCUAACCCUAACCCUAACCCUAACCCUAACCCUAACCCUAACCCUAACCCUAACCCUAACCCUAACCCUAACCCUAACCCUAACCCUAACCCUAACCCUAACCCUAACCCUAACCCUAACCCUAACCCUAACCCUAACCCUAACCCUAACCCUAACCCUAACCCUAACCCUAACCCUAACCCUAACCCUAACCCUAACCCUAACCCUAACCCUAACCCUAACCCUAACCCUAACCCUAACCCUAACCCUAACCCUAACCCUAACCCUAACCCUAACCCUAACCCUAACCCUAACCCUAACCCUAACCCUAACCCUAACCCUAACCCUAACCCUAACCCUAACCCUAACCCUAACCCUAACCCUAACCCUAACCCUAACCCUCUCUCACACUCAUCAUCCUUCCUCUUAA